AUGGAAUUGGAUAGCCAUAAAAUAGUCAUAUCCAGGGAUAUUAAUUUCUUUGAAGCGAUAUUUCCUAUUGUUAGUGCUUCUCCUAUUCCUACUUCAAUUUUUUCUACUCAAAAAACUCAGUAUUCUAGUGUCAAAGAUUCAUCUUGUGAUGUUCCAGUUCCUACCAUUCCGUCUCCAGAUUCCUUCCCUUCAAACGCUCCAUCUUCUUCCUCUCCACCUCCAAACUGUCCUUCUCCUAAAACAUCUCUUAUACCUGAUUCUAUUGCCCAUUGUCUUGAGUCAGCUUCUCAGAUCAUAGAACCUAAUAGUUACUAUCCAGCAUCUCUCCGUACAGCCGAGUAUCGAUCGAAACGUCAAUUAUUUGCCAAGUUAACUUUGUCAAAUCGUCUCGUUGCUGAUCUCUAUGUUCCUCCUUUGUUGCCAAACCCUAUUCGUUCAGACAAUCAAGCAGCGAUUCAUAUAGCCAAAAAUCCAGUGUUUCAUGAACAAAGGAAACACACGGAGCUUGACAGUCAUUUUGUUGGACAACAAUACCGUUCCGACCUCAUUUGUCUUUAUUUUGUUCCCUAUAAGGAUCAACUUGCCGAUGUUUUCACAAAAAUACCUUUCUGGGGAUUCUCAUAA